AUGCACACAUUUUCCACAUUACCUGUCGAACUAGUUUAUCGAAUUAUGGAUCAUCAAAAUGACCGGACGCUAUUUUGUUCGAUGCAAAAUAUUUGUCGGCGGCUCAAUCAGAUCCUGAGUACUUACCAGCGAUAUCAAACACUCACCACACUUGACCUCAGUUGGAACCAAAUGCGUGCUGAAGGAGCACAACACAUUGCUAAUGCGCUGCGAACGAAUACGACACUCGCCACACUUCACCUCAUUGAGAACGGAAUCGGUGCUAAAGGAGCACAACACAUUGCGGAUGCGUUGCGAACGAAUACGACACUCACCACACUUCACCUCGGUCGUAACCGAAUCGGUAAUGAAGGAGCACAAAACAUUGCGGAUGCGUUGCGAGCGAACGCCACACUCACCACACUUCACCUCAUUGAGAACCGAAUCGGUGCUAAAGGAGCACAACACAUUGCGGAUGCGUUGCGAACGAACGCAACACUCACCACACUUGACCUCAGUGGGAACCUAAUCGGUGCUGAAGGAGCACACCAUUUUGCGGGUGCCCUGCGAACGAAUACGACACUCACCACACUUCACCUCAUUGACAACGGAAUCGGUGCUAAAGGAGCACAACACAUUGCUAAUGCGCUGCGAACGAAUACGACACUCACGACACUCGACCUCAGUGGGAACCUAAUCGGUGCUGAAGGAGCACACCAUUUUGCGGGUGCCCUGCGAACGAAUACGACACUCACCACACUUGACCUCGGUCGUAACCGAAUCGGUGAUGAAGGAGCACAACACAUUGCUAAUGCGCUGCGAACGAAUACGACACUCACCACACUUCACCUCCACGAGAACGAAGUCGGUGAUGAAGGAGCACAACACAUUGCUAAUGCGCUCCGAACUAAUACGACACUCACCACACUUGACCUCGAUCGUAACCGAAUCGGUGAUGAAGGAGCACAACACAUUGCUAAUGCGCUGCGAACGAAUACGACACUCACCACACUUCACCUCAUUGAGAACCGAAUCGGUGAUGAAGGAGCACAACACAUUGCUAAUGCGCUGCGAACGAAUACCACACUCACCACACUUCACCUCAUUGAGAACCGAAUCGGUGAUGAAGGAGCACAACACAUUGCUAAUGCGCUCCGAACGAAUACCACACUCACCACACUUGACCUCAGUUGGAACGAAAUGCGUGCUGAAGGAGCACAACACAUUGCGGAUGCGUUGCGAACGAAUACGACACUCACCACACUUGACCUCGGUCGUAACCGAAUCGGUGAUGAAGGAGCACAACACAUUGCUAAUGCGCUGCGAACGAAUACGACACUCACCACACUUCACCUCAACGAGAACGAAGUCGGUGAUGAAAUAGCUCAACGUAUUGCAGAUGCAUUGGGAAGGAAUAUAAGCGCCAAGAUGGUAUAG